AGAAACAACUAUGCUUAAAAAAUGGCGUGAGUGCGAGCGUCUCAAUGGGGAUAUCUUUUGAUAGACAUAUGUAUGUUGUAUGAUUUAAUGAAUGGGAAUAAGUUGUGUAUUGUAUAUUAAUUCUGAAGAAGUAUUCGGAUCUCAUUUUAAGAAGGUGUAGGCAUCACAGCAUGUAGCAUCAUGUGAAGUGGCCCUUAUAAUUUGUAAGGCUGUUGCUGGAUGUAUGGUGAUCCCAGCAGUACUAGUGAUGGCCCGCAGAAGGAAGGGGGCUGGAGGCAGCAAGGCAGCGGCUAAGUCGCAAAACAAGGCUUGUAGGAAGAGUAACGGUUUAUCAGAAGAAAGGCUUAACGGAUCCCUGUUGCCUCCAACCACAAAUGAGUCAGAGGAGUCAUGUGUGAGCCAAGAUGAUAAUCUGACUCCCCUGUCAUGUCACACCCCUAUUGAGAUGUGCCCCACAGACCCAAGUCUCGGUGAGCCACCUCCGUUAACUACUUUUAAAAUAAAUUCAUCGCCUCAGCAUGUUCCAUUGGUGCACAAAAAAUUUAGAAAAUUCAGGCACAUGCUUGAGCCUGGGGAUGUUCAAGAGCCACAAAAUUGUGUUACUGCACUGGAGAAUGUGGAUCCAUGUGAGACCCAUAUACCACAGGUGCUUGAUAAUCAAGGAGAAGAUAGUGUAAAAGAAGUGAUAGAACAACAAGAGAUAGAAAUGGCUGAAGCACAGGAUGUACCUGUAGUGUGGGAAGAAGAAGUUGUUGAGGAGACUGUUGUGUGUGAAGGAAUGGAAGUAGAGUUGGAAGACACAAGAAGUCAGGAUAACAACAUGAUGGCUGAGGAGGUGGAUAGUCAAGAGAGUGACUAUGAUAACAUGAUUGAAGUCAGGGAUAGUGAAUUCAGUAGCCAGGAUGGACAAGUGAUAGUAGUGAGAGAAGAUGGCUACAGUAAUCACUACAACCAAGAGUUGGUGGAUGUGGGAGAUGUAUUAUCUCAUCAUAGAUUAGUGGAAUUUGGCAAUACACAGGAUUCUGAAAAGAAUACAGGUCCUCAAGUACAGGAGAUAAUAGCAUUUGGCAGUGAGGAUAGUCGAGGAACUAUGAGAGGAGUUGAAGAAUGCAGUGAGGAUAGUCAGGUGCUUGUAAGGGGUGUGGGGAUGGAAAUCCAUGAUUGUGAAGGAAUGUUGAACCCUGUAGCUUCUGAGAAUGUAAUGAAUAUUAUAAAAGCUGUCAAAGUUGAUCACCAAACAGUGAUCUUACAAGUACCAGACAGCCAUUUAAGAAACAUUAAAGAAGAGAGUGACAGUGGAAAUUGUGAAAAUUUAGAAGGUGUUACAUUUAUAGAAGACAGCAGUCAAGAAAGUAAAGAUAUUGAAAUUAAUCUGAAUCAUAGUACAGUUAAAGUAUUGGAAGACAAUGAAAGUUACAUUGAAAGUGAUGAAAUUCAUUUAGUAAAUGUAAGGAUGAAAGCAAACUAUCAGACUGACAUGGGAUUGAGUUUGAAUGAGCUGAGAAAUUUGGAAAAAAAUCAGGUCGCUAAUAGAGACAGUAAAUUAAUGGCACUAAGAACAAAUUUACAUAAAUCUCUAGCUGAAGUGAAAUUAGAUUCUGAUGUUCAUUCCCCUGAAAAUGAUAAAAAUAUUCAUGCAGAAGAGGAUAGUCUUCUGCAGAUGCAAGAAGUUUCAGAUGGUCAACACAUGGCUGUUAGAAGUAAUGAAGAUGAAACUGAGAGGAAGCAGGUGCCAGCAUUCCGCAGUCGAAGUGGCAGCACAGAUACAACAGGUUCAGAGAGUAGUUCUAACUGCAGUUCUGGAGUCCGGCGUAGCAGUCGCAUUCGGUCAAUUGGCAUUAUGAAACAGAGGGCCCAGAAUAGGGGUGAUACCAUAGAGGCAUCAGUAAUAUCAAGUGACAAGGAAGGCAGUGAAACUAAAACAUAUGAAGGGAGGGAUAGUUCAGAUUGUUGUUCUGGCACUGACACACAGUCUGAUAAAGAAAAUGUGACUGGCAUCACAAAAGUACCCACACCAAUGAGUUCACCAGCUACAAUGCAUGGAUUGAUAACUCCAGGCAUUCCAGUAUAUGAUAUUGACAGUUGUAAACCAGUGAAAGUGAAGUCGCGGUGGAGGAGGUCCAGUGAACUGGAAAUGGUAGGCAGUCGGAGUAGUGACAGUGAAUUGGCAGCCACGCCACCAACACCUAGUCUCUCGCCCAGACCCUUGAUAUCGGUUGCACCAAGUUUAUCACCUAGACCAGCAACUCCUACUCCAAAUCCCACUGUUCGACCUAUAAUUCCUGCUAAUGUUACUAAUGCAGCAGUCAUGCCCUCGGAGCAAUCAGUUUCAAGCGAUGGGUCCAAGAAGGACAGCCGUAGUGAUAGGAAAGAAAGAGAAGACAAGGAGACGGAAGAGAGGCUCCGGAACUUUGACAGACUUGUUGAAAAUGAAUAUCUAACAGAGAGAACUACAAGCAAAGAAGCAAAGCGUAUGGUUUGUGAUUGCUUCCUUACCAAAGAUGAAAUUGCUCGUGGAGAAAUGGGAUGCGGUGAAGAUUGUCUGAAUCGUCUGCUUAUGAUUGAAUGUGGUUCAAGGUGCCCUGUUGGUGAGCGUUGUACUAACAGACGUUUUCAGAAGCAAGACUAUGCCAAAUGUGAUAUAUUCAAGACUGAAAAGAAAGGUUUUGGUUUGAAAGCUCUUCAAGAAUUACCCAUGGGAACAUUUGUAAUGGAGUAUGUAGGCGAAGUGUUGGAUCCAAAGGAAUUCCGUCGCCGUGCAAAAGACUAUGCCAAGGACAAACAUCGUCAUUAUUAUUUCAUGGCUCUCAAAUCUGAUGCAAUAAUUGAUGCCACUAUGAAGGGAAAUAUUUCGAGGUUUAUCAACCAUAGCUGUGAACCUAAUGCAGAAACUCAGAAGUGGACAGUCAAUGGAGAGUUGCGAAUUGGUUUCUUCAGCAAAAGAAAUAUUGCUGUUGGUGAAGAAAUUACAUUUGACUACCAGUUUCAGCGAUAUGGAAAAGAAGCCCAGCGUUGUUACUGUGAGAGUGUAUUGUGUCGUGGUUGGAUUGGGGAAGAUCCAGAGAAGGAGAAGCGUGAUCGAAAAGAAAGAAAAGAACGAGAACUCAAGAAGAAGAGAGAGGAGAGGAGACGAGAUGUUAAAGAAUUUUUGGAAGAUAUGGAUCUUGAAGAGGAGAUAGAGAAACUUUGUGUGUCUGGGUUGAAGAAUCGCGCUCACACCCUCACUCUUUGUCGCUUAAUGGUUCGGGCAGAAGAUCUUCAGUCUCGUGCUCAGCUACUCAAAUUACUUCAGGGUGGUGAACCAGCAUGUCGACGUUUAUUCCUUGAUUAUCACGGCCUGCGCCUCAUUUGGAGCUGGAUGAUGGAUGUUGGUUCAAAUAAAUCUAAUGAUGGGCUAUGUUUAAGAAUGGAGAUUCUUCAAACAUUAUCAAAGCUCCCUAUACCAAACAAGACAGUGCUGCAAGACAGCAAAGUGAUGGCUGUGGUUGAGAAGUGGGCUUUGCAACCAGCAAAUUCACCAGCACCAGAUAGUUUCCUGGCCGAUGGCUCAGGUGAUGGCAUUGAAGGUCAGAAUACACCUCAUCAAGAAGUGGGAAGGAAAGAGAGGUCAUCAUUGGAAGAGGAAUCUGGUAGUGAUCAUGAUGCAAGCAAACCUAGGACUGAUGCUGUGUUACCAGUUAUAGUAGAAGUUCCAGAUGAAGAAACAUUGCAAGGAAUUGAAAGUGAGAAACAACUUGUGGACGGUAUGUCAGACACACAAACAGAACUGCUUCCAGGAGAUGUGUCACAGGUAGUGAGCCGUGGUAGUGAGUCAGAUGAGGAAGCAAGCAGUGAAGUGACAGACAAGAUACGUAGUGGUGAGGACAGUAAAGAAGAAGACCGAACUAGUAUGGGUGAGAAUGAUGUUGCAGACAAAAUCAGGACGUUCUUAGAUUUGGCAUCUGGUCUGCUUAAUGACUGGACUAGUCUGAAAGAGGUGUUCCGAAUCCCAAAGAAAGAGAGGAUUGAGCAGAUGAAGGAGCAUGAGCGGGAAGCUGACAGAGGCUAUAAGGAAUACUUAGACAAAGAGAUUCAUCAUGAGAAACAAUCUUAUGACAGGCAUUGGCGUCAGGAUCGUUUUCGUAGUGAUUAUGACAAACGAGAUCGUGAUCGCAAAAGGAUGCGAGAAUCACCUGAUGCAGAUAGAAUUCGAAAGGGCUCAAGAUUUGAUGAUAGUUGCAGAAACCUUGUUCCAAUUCCUAGGUUAUCUAAACAUGAAAGGCGACAGUUAUUUGCCAUGAAAGUAGCACAAGAAGAAGAGGAAGAAAGACAGCGUCGGCAGCAACAGGAGAUGUGGCGUCAUCAUGAAGAUCGCUGUUUAGCGCUGGGUCUUGAUCCAAGCUUAACCGCUGCCUUUGAUCCACAGACUGGCUAUCCGUGCUUCUUUGAUCCAGCAUCCAAUACUUGGCAGGCCUACCCACCACAAGAUCCUAAUUCAUUACCUCCAGGUGGAAUGACUACAGAGAUGGGUCCUUCACCAAUGUUCCAUCCUAAUAAUCCCAUGAGUCCUCAUUUGCCAGCUAUGCCUCCCCAAGGGGUCCCUCCUCAUAUGAUUCCCCCAGGUGGAUAUGAUCCUAAUAAUCCUCAUGUUCCUCAUCAGCCAAUGCCAUUUGAUCCUGGGAACCAUCAAGUGAGUGGUAUUCCUCCACACCAACAUCAUCCAACAUAUGCUGAUCCUGGCCCUGGUGCUAUGGACCCCAACUUGACAGAGUUCAUCCCUCUGCCAAGUGGUCCACAGCCACCACCCAUGUUUCAACACCAGCACUUGUAUCCAACUGCCCCAACACCUGGUCCAGGCACAGCACCAACACACCCAGCACCCAGCAUGCCAGUUGAUGCACAGUCUGUCCCCCAGCCCCACUACCAUCACCAGGUUCAUCCUGCCUCACUUCCCAUCCAGCAACCUUUUGUACCAGCUCCUCCACCUCCACUGCCAGCCCCUGUUCAUCUUCCACCUAAAUGGAAGUCUGCAAAGGAUUCUGAAGGCCGUGUAUAUUACUACCAUGUAAAAACGCGAAUAUCACAGUGGGAACCACCGCAGUGGACCGAAGCAGACCAGCAGCCAGAUUCUGAGACUUCUUCUGAGUCAAGUGAUGAUGAUGAAGAUGAAGAGGAGGAAGAUGAAAGCUCAAGUACAGAUGAAGAAGAGGAGGAGGAAGAAGUUGAACAAGAAGAAAAGACAGAAGAAGAUGAAGAAGAUGAAGAUGAGGAUGAGGUGGUAGAAGAGAAAGAGGAUAUUGAGGAAGACGAAGUGAAAGAUGUAGCCACUGAAGGAUCAGUUCCUACUGUUGUUGAGGAGGAGAUGGAGUUGGUACAAGAAGAGACUGAGCCAACUAAAGAUCAGCUAGAGGAGCCUAAACGGAAAGAAAAGCGAAGAGAAGGGCUAGUUCAAGAACGUAUAAUAAGUCCACGAAGAGAAGAAGAUAGACAAGAUAUGAAAAAAUACCGAGAAAUAAAAGAGAAACUUCGUCGAAAGAAGGAACAGUCACGAUCUCGAGAACGAUCUGACCGAUCAAAGAAAAGGCAUCGAGAUGGUAAACAGCGUUCUGGCAGCAAAUCAUUAGAGAAACCUGUCACUGUAGCAGCAGAUACAUCAAGUGAUGCUGCUAGAAAAAUCAAGGAUCAAUUUCGUUUACACAUGGCAGGUGUAAUUGUGCAGUACCUUAACCCGUAUCGGAAACCUGAUUGCAAAGCAGGGCGUAUCACAAAUACAGAAGACUUCAAACAUCUUGCUAGAAAGCUGACUCAUUUUGUGAUGCUGAAGGAGCUGAAACACUGCCGAAGUGUUGAAGAUCUUGAGUGUAAUGAUAAUGUGAAACAUAAAGCACGUGACUUUAUCAAGAAAUAUAUGGCCAAAUUUGGAACUGUUUAUCAGAGACCUAAAGAUGAUGAUUAAGUUUUAGAGAAAAAAAAUUUCCUGUGAAGAGCAUAUGGGAGUUGAGAAAUUGUUGCUAAUUUUGACACGUUAAGAUGGAAGACUGCGAGUUAAUUCUACUGAGACUGAACUUUGUAUCUUCCUGAUCUGAAAGUCUUGAAUGCCUGCAUAACAGUGUUUCCAAUCAUGGGUGCAUUUAUUUAUCAUGGUGACUGCCAUAGAUAUUAAAUUGUGGAAUUUUAAUAAAUUUACAUCAGAGAAACAGCUCAUGUUUAAUUCAUAAAUCUUGUAUCUUCAUCAGUUUAUAGCCAUGGUUUUUGCAUUCGUGCAGAUGAUGUUAAUGUCUUGUUUGCAUGACAGACUUUACAGCUUGUUCCUACUUACCAAAAGUGAAACAAGAAAGGUUACAUUUGUUAUAUGUGUUUUGUUUUUAAACUGUUAUAUGAAUAUAUGUGAAGGUGUAGCCAUAAAACUGCCCAUGUAGGAGUGAGAACCUGAAUCCAUGAAAUGAAUCAGUACUAAUAACCAAUGUUAAAUUCUUUUGUUAAUAUUAUUUUAUAGGACAAAUGCUGUAAAUGUGUAACAUUUCAGUUUUCUGUGUGUCGCUAGGAGUCUUGGCUCAUCAUUCUAGUUGGUUUCUGUGCGGAAGCUACAUUUCUUCCGUUGAUGGUCAUUCCUGUACGAGAUCACCAAGUCAGUGAGUUUCAUAAUAUUUUAAUUUCAAGACUUGAAGGAAAACUUGCUACAUGUCUGUCAGAAUUAUUGUCCAAUUAGGAGAAAUGUUAGAAUGUGAAUUAUAACUAUUUGUUUUGUUACAUCUUUACAGCAGUUAAGUCACAGUAACAGUUCUUAAACUACAGACCUGUAUAUUUACAAAAUAAAACAAAUUGAGAAAACUUGUAUUUAUAAUAUGUAAAAGUUGUUAUUGAUAUAUUAUAAAACUGGUAUUCAUAACAUGUAUUAAGUUUUUAAGAGUAGAAGGUGAAGUGUUGAAUAUGACAUAAAGGAAGCUUGUAAGUUACAUGUGAAGAAGAGAGAUUGAUGCUUUACAGUACACGAGAGUGCAGACCUGAAAUGAGGGGCACUUUGACAGAAUUUUCAUGAGAGUCUUCCAGUGAAAUUUAAUUUACAGCCGGAUAUUUUAUUUCACUUUAAGCAGAAAGUAAUUACCAUUGUCCUCUCUUAAUCAUUUUCAUAAUUCUGUCAUUGACUGUUUGUCAUUAACUCUUGUAAUGAGCAGGAGCUUGUUUAGUCCAGAACAGUUUUAAUUAGUAUCUGGCCACUCAGCAGCCCAAAUAAAAUCAUCAUCAGCUGCAACAUUUGGCCUCUUGACCUGUUCCAGUCUCAGGGCCAAUCAAAUUGAUUCUUCCAACUCCCCUUGGGGUGGUAGUAAAACAGCUUCCAAAGAAUAUGAUAAUAUGUGUUCUGAGUAGUUCUGUUGGUGGUCUUUUACGUAUCUCCUAGGUUGAAUAUAAUAUAGUUCUUGUCUAAUAUCUAUGCUUCUCUUCUUAUCCAUUCUUAUAUAACCUGCCACUGAUAUUAGGAAUCUCAGUAAACAAAUUGUAAUUUUUAUGUACAUGUGCAUGUAAAUUAUGCCACUCAUGGUAAUUUUUUAGUGCCUGAUAUGCUUUAACCUGUUUUAAUUCUCAAAAGUUAUUUUCAUCAUUUUUAAUAUGUUUUGAUGGUUUAUGAGUGUAUAAUUUGUUCAGUAUGAACAGUUUGUAAUGGAUUAUCAGUUUCCAGCUGCCAUGAUAAUAUAAUCAAUAAUUGUUGCCUUUUAAAAAGGAAGACAUCAAAUUCUGGUUUUGCUAGGGAUGUGCUGUUCAUUUAAAGUGACAGUACAGGAGAACAAUUGAAACUGCAGUUUUUGUGGCAUAUUCUUUUUGCCCAUUUGUAAACUUUCAGUCAAAAAUUCUGUUUCGGUGGUAGCUUUCAUGUUUCGUGUAAGGGUUUUUGGGUCAUUGCCUUGUCAGCCUGGUACAUGGGUAUCAAAUACAGUACGCAGGACUGUGUUACUAGCAUGAAACACAAUGGCACACUUGUGAGUCACUUCCACGGUGGUCUAUGACGUCAAGCUAGCAUCCCAUCAACUUAUUCACAAAAUAGUGACCAGGUAAAUGAGUAGUCACUUUUGUUUGUGACAGUACAGUGAUCUAACUCCCCUCAAGCCCCAAAAGAAUAGUGUUACCAAGUACCAUUCUGUACUUGCUAAUGGGAGUUGUUGGCUUGUAGGAUUAAGACCUUGUCCUCAUCUUUCCCUGCAUUGUGCUGUGUAACAAUUUUAAUUCCUGUGUUGUGUAAUGUAGAAAAAGUAUUGUGGUUGUGAAUAAUCAGUUUCUGUAGUUAAAUUAGAUAUAAGUUCUGAGACUGAAUUUGUAUCUCAGAUAAUUUGCAGUUAAAAGGAAUGUGACAUGUCCAAGAAUUUUUACAGCCCAUUCCAGUGCUUCAAUAUUUUGUAGCUAACCCUCAAAUACAGUGUUUUUGUCACGUACAGAUGUCUAAGAAUACAGAACAAAACAUAUGUAAAGAAUUUUGAUAACAGAUGCAACAAUGAGAUUAACUUAAGUUUUUGGGUGGGUCCAUAAAAAUGAUGAGCAUCCUGGAUGCCCUUCAGUCAUUAUAAAUGUUGAAUCAGUCGCCCAUGUGUGUGAUUUUGUGUGAAAUGUCAGAAAAUUUACUACCGGUGAAAGGACUGGAGAAGUAGAGUUUCUUACAACUCUAUCAUCCAGUUUUAUUAAUUUGGGAAUUGGGCAUGUACAGGUGUUUUCACUGCUGCUGGCACAGGAGCCCUAUGGGACAUUUUUCAGCUAAACAGUAUUCUUCAAUUGAGACCGAGAUUGAACAGUUUAAUGUUAUGCUGCUGUAUGACAAGGCUGACUGGACUGUGUAUUGUGACAAAUGUCAGGUAAAAGUUAAUAAAGGCUUCUGCUCUUUAGAGUACCAAAAACUUUUGUAUUUGCAGCAGCAGCAUACAGCCUGCCAGUCUUGUGCAGUGUGCAUGCAUUUUUUGUAAUUCUGCAUCACUAUAUAAUGACAAAUAGUUACCGCCCAGAUUACAUAUUUAAUUUUAAAUUAAUAAUUGAUGAAAAUAAAUGAGUAAUUGUGUUAAUGAAAAGUAUGAAAUGUGUGUGAACUUUUAUGCAAUUGUAAAGUUAGUAGUAUUUUUAGUGAAUUUCCAUAAAGUUUCAAUAACGUUACUUCAUUUAUAACCUGGCAGCACGUGAUUCGGUAAGAAGAGGUGAAUGUAACGUCAGGUCUCAAAAGGAUGAGAGUACCUGGUUUAGGGUUAGGUAGAAAGAUCGAACUCGAUUGUCGUGUUUGUCGGCAUAUCGCAAUACACGACAAUCUAAGGUAAAGGAGAAAAGCAUAAUUAUCCGUACAAGUGGAUGCGAAAAGCAGCGUUACACUGUGAUGCUCGCAACUGCGGACGGAAGAAGUUGCCACCGUAUGUGAUAUUUAAAAGGAAUAGUGCCAAAAGGCAAAUUACCGAAUGUUGUUCAUUUGCGUGCACAAGGCAAGGGUUGGAUGGAUACAGCAGUUGUGGUGUAGGGUUGGUUCCGCACAGUUUGGGAUCAGCGACAUGGCUCAUUGCUUCAAUGACAAUCUCUGUAUGGUGUAAGACUUGAGGUUCUCACAGCGGAAAGAUAAGAACACUGUCGGUUGAAAUGAUGUGUGACUAAAAAGUAAGAGCGUGAACAUGGUGAGGAUGAAAAUAGUUACGAAGAGCGUUUUAAAAACUAGGAUUACGAACGCUCUUGACGGAAAUGAUGACAUGAGAGUUGGAGACCAAAACGUGGAUAGAUAAUAAGCGCCAAAGAGCAGUUCCAAGGACGACAGUAUAGAGAUGAAUAAGGUCACAACAUAGUAGCUCUCCCAGGAGCUGACGAGAUUGUUGCUUGGUUGCAGCUGAGCUGCCUCGACUCUUGCUGGCACUGCUGAUGUUCUUAGGAGAUCCCCCAGUGGGCAGUAUGGAUUCAUGAGCUUGUGGCAGCUGUUCUGUGGUGUAAAAUAUGACAAAGAAUGGAAUGGAAGAAGGAAACAUAAUUGAAGGAAGGUGGAAUCAGAGAUAAAGGAAGAGAGAAAAGAAAGUAUAAAAGAAAAAUUAUAAAGAAGAUAUGAAAAAUCAAGGAAUGUAAGGAGAGAGAAGAAGUUAAAGAUAGGUAUGAAUGAGUAAAAAGAUUCAAAGUGCAUAAAUAGCACAAAGUGAUUAUGAAAUAAUAGCCACUUUUUUCUAAAUAAUGUCAUUAUCAUUCAGGGUAUGAACAAAGUUGACUUUGAUGUAUACCACUGAUGCAUAGAACUAUAAAGAAAUAGUUGCAAAUAUCAGUAUCUGCUUCAUUAUAUAAUGUAAUACUAAAGAUAUUUCAACAGUUAACAUGAGUCUGUGAAACACACAUAAAUACCAAAAGAAAAUCUUUAUAAAUUUCUGUAGUGUGGAAGAAUAUUGUCUGUGAUUUUAUAUGGUUCUGAAUAUUGGGCAUUAAUGAAUGAAUGACUGAGAAGAAUGGGGAAAACAGAAUUAUGUUUCCUCAGAUGGUCACAAAUGACUGAUCAUAAAUGUAAUAAAGAUAUCGUAGUAGAUGUGGAAUAACAGAUGUCAAUAUAAUAAUAAAUAUAUAUCCAAAUAAAUGGCUGGAAUAUUUGUAAAGAAUGCAUGAAAGGGCUGAACUGCAGAGCCACUGUAUCUAUAUAAACCUAAGGGUAGAAAAUAACUAAAAGUGAAAGGAAUAGUUUGUCUUUGUAACUGAAAUAGACAAAGAGUAUAAUUCGUGAUGAUGAUGAUAACUGACUAUGAUUGCUGUGAUUUCACUUCUAGUGUGUCACCCUAUGAAACUGUUGUUAUGUAAGAGAAUGUGACAUCACACCUGAAUAGUUUAUUUCAUUACUUACUUCCUAUGGUGUUUUCAAUGGCUUCUUGAGCCUUCUGAACUCCCAGACGGAAGCCUUCAAGCUCUGGACGCAGAUGCAAGCCUCUAUGAUAAUACAUUAAACUGUGCUCAAAGUCACCCAGAUGAUAGAGAGACUCAGCUUUCUGGAAAAUGGCUGAAAUAUAAGAUCACAGUGACAUUAGUAUAAAUAUGUGAAGUGUUUACAUUUGAUGUUAUGCAGUAAGGGAAGUCAGCUUGAAUUGCCAGGUGCCAUUAAUGUAGUUUAACUUUUAGUGGACUAGAUUUAAAUCUACCACUCAGAGAACUGGUGUCUGAAUUUAAUUUGGGCAGUUAUUUAGAAUUUUCUUUGUUUUGGAGGUAUUUAGUUUAUAAAAUUUACAGAAGAAUAUACAUUAAAAUUUGAAUGCAAAAUAUUGCAUCAGUUCUUUGAAGAGAUACAUAAAGCUGUAACAUGAUGUUUGGUAGCUGCUGAAAAACCUUAUUGUGGCUCAGCUCUGUUAGUGUAACCUGAAGGUUCUGCACUACAAAUGUCAAAGUAAUUCUUGUUUACCCAGUCUGUUAUGUCUUCAGCCCACUGUAAUCUUUCUGAACUGUGGUAUCUAACACAAAGAGAAUUGUGUUACUGAAGUUUAAUUUACUGGGAGAGAUAAUACAUUCUUUGGCUGUGAAAAUACAUUUUGUUGUAAACUGGUAGCAGUUUCAUAUUUUGUCUUGCUUUAAGAAGAAUUAAAAUGUGUAGAAUGGUACAAAAUACGAAGGUAAAACAUUAAUUUGCAGAGCAGAAAAUAAUAGUUCCCUGAAAAGCAAAUAAAUUUCUUGAUAACCAAGAACAUGUGCCAUUGUGCUUUCAUUUUCAGCUACUGGAGUUGUGCACUUGUGUGGUUUAGAGUGCAUUGUUGAUGAUUUUUUUCUUAAAUUAAAAACAGACUAAUUGCUGUACCAAAACCAGUGCUCACUGA